AUGGGCAACCUGAUCUCAGCUGGCGCGGGGGCGGCCGCAGCGAGCGGAGGGAAGGUGGUGAUGGCGGACGGGAGCGUGCGGGCGCUCAGCGAGCCCGUGUCCGUGGCGGAGCUCAUGAUGGACCACCCGCGCCACUUCGUCGUCGACGCGCGGGUGCUGCAGCAGCGGAAGGGCGGCGCCGGCGGCGGGGCCCGGAAGGUCGCGCCGCUGCCGGCCGACCACGUGCUGGGCGCCGGCGGGCUGUACGUCCUGCUGCCGGCCACGCGCGGAAAGGUUUCUGCCGACGAGGCGCGGCGCGUGCUCACCGCGUCCCGGUCGCUGGCGCGGUCCAAGUCAAUGCCCGGCGGGCUGAUGAGGAAGAUGUCGUCUCGGAAGAGACGCGACGCCGAUGGGCCAGCCAAGCACGAGGCAGCGACGGCCGCGGCCAUGGCGGAAAUGGAGAGGAGGGAGGAGCCGGUGCCGACGGAGACGGACGGGUUCGAGGAUCACCGGCCGGAGUUCCUGAGCCGGGAGAUGUCGUGCAGGGGGUGGAAGCCCAGCCUGAACACCAUCGAAGAGCGAGUCAUGCCCAAGAAGGUGUCUCAUUGGCUCUUCUGAGUUUCUGUCCGAUGGAUGACCGGAGAAGGUGAGCCGAGUAGGCUUCUUUGACUUGUCAUCGUCGGGAUCUAGUAAUC